AUGUAAGCCCCGCCCCCUGCCCGCUGUGCUCGCGCUGCGUUUGGAGUUUUUUUCCUCAGUUUGAAAGUUGAAAACAGAACCGGAGGAAGAACCGGGGAGAAACGGACAGCACCGCUCCCAGAAGAAGGCAUGGGCUGCGGCCACAGCAAGAGAAAGAGCAAAGAGAAGAAAGGAGAGAAGAGUCUGAGAGCAGCCGUCUGCCGCCAUGAAGGAGGGACGUCCACUGAGCUGGACGUCUGUCUGGAGAAGCAGCUGGAGCGUUUGGAGUGGCAGCUGAAGAUUUUAAAGGAAGUGCUCUCAGCCAAUGGGGACUCAGAGAGGGCGGAGCUACUGAGUCAGCACACCGACGAAGAAGUGUGCAGCCUCGUCGUGAGCGUCCUGGAUAAGGUGAAAGCAGAGACCACAGCUGACCUGAACGUCCUUCAGGAGCACAGGAGUAAAUCUGCUGCUGAAGAACAGGAACGACUCCUGGAAGAGCUGCAGAGCAGACACCAGCAGGAGAAGGCUGAGCUGACGGAGAAGUUUCAGGCGUCUGAGAACAUCCUGAAGAACCAAGUGGAGGAGCUGACCAAUGAGCUGCAGGCUUUCAACCAGCUGAAGAGGCGAGUCGCAGAAUCCCACUUUAAGAAGAAUUUACAGAGAAAUAUUCAGGAACACGGCAGCCCAGGUGAGUUCUGGGAGUCGGAGCAGGAGUCCCUGCUGUUUGUCAUUGAGAUGAAGACGGAGCGCGUGCAGGAGCAGAGCAGGAAGCUGCAGCAGAUGGACGAGCUGGUGCAGAAGAAUCUGUCUCUGGAGGACCAGAUUGUCCACGUCCUGCAGCAGAACGAGGACCUGAAGGUCCGGAUCAACAACUGCCAGACUCUCAUCCAGCAGUUCUCUAAAGAGAAGCUGGACCUCAAGGCGACGCUGGAGAGACAGGUAACAGUGAACCAGAUGCUGUCUCAGGAAAAAGAGCAGCUGAUGUUCAAACUGAGACACAAAGACUCGUGUCCCACCAUCCACCUGCCGGCCAUGAUCCAGGACAUGGCUCCCAGAUGACCCACGUGUCCCAGACCGGGUCAGAGACUAGAACUGAGCUCCUCAUCAUCACUGAAGGUUUCUGAGAAGAAGCUCUGUUUGAUUUUUGACGUGAAGACGAGGAGCUGAUGAACUCUUUCAGAAUCACGUCUCACAACCGUUUUGUCUCAAAAUGAAGUUAAAAAAAGUUUUUUUAUUUAAUUCUCUGCUGAUGUUGAUGAGCUUCACUGCAGUUUGACGACUUCAUUCAGAGAAAAACAGGUUCUUUCAUCAAUCAGUGACUAAUUCUGACUUGUUUAAGUCCAACUUUAAGUGGAAAUGUACUUUUAAUCUUAAAGUCAUUUGAUAAUGUGAACACGACCUUUGUAUGCCAAACUUGAUCUGAUCAUGUUGGUCACUGGAAACAUUUACUGGUGAAAUGAAUUCACGUUUGAUCUGUUUGAUCAUAAACGGAGUAAAACCUGAACGGUGAAACUUUAGGUACCUGAAAAGAUUUAAAACUGUUUACCUGUCGUAUUAAACCUGAUGCUUCGUGGUUUUUUUGUGCCUUUUCCUAAAGUAUUUGGUUAUUUUUGAUUUUAGAGGAGAUUGUUAUAUUUAGAGAAAAUAUGCACAAACGUGUUUCAUGAUGUUCACUGAAGUCUGGUUCUCCUCACACUCCACAAACACCUGCUUUAGCAUGCUAACAGGUUGGCUAAUACAUCAUGCUAAUGAUUUACUUUCAUGCCUCACAUCUCAACAUCGAAAACUGCAUUAAAUGUAGCAUAUUAGCAUGCUAACAUCUUGGCUAAUACACCAUGCUAAUGCUUUAGUUUGGAUUUGUUCAUGCUUCACAUCUCAACAUCAAAAACUACAUUUAAUGUAGCAUAUUAGCAUGCUAACAUGCUGGCUAAUUCAUCAUGCUAAUGCUUUAGAUUUGAUUUAUCAUAGCUUUGGUAAACAAGUUCAUGCUUCACAUCUCAACAGCUAAAAAACUACUAACUUUAAAGCCAGUAGCAUGUUAGCAUGUUUGUCCUUUUAGUUAACCCCUUGAAUUUAGUUUCAAAACAUUUAAUGUGGUGUUUUAGCAUGCUAACGUCUUGGCUAAUACAUCAUGCUAAUGCUUUCCUUAUGAUUUGUUCAUGCUUUACAUCUCAACAUCAAAAACUACAUUAAAUGUAGCAUAUUAGCAUGCUAACAUCUUGGCUAACACAUCAUGCUAAUGCUUUAGUUUGGAUUUGUUCAAGUUCAUGCUUCACAUCUCAACAUCUAAAAAAACAUUAAAUGUAGCAUACUAGCGUGCAAACAUGUCAGCUAAUAAGUCAUUGUCUAGUUGAGACCAAUGCUUUUUAUGAUUUGACAUAACUAGUUUCAGUCGUCAUAUCUUAAAAGCUAAAAUUACUUCCUGUUAGCUUUAUUGCCCCAGUUAAUAUCAACAGUACAUUUUAGCAUGUUARCAUGGUAACAUUAGCUCGUAGCAUGUUAGCAUGUUUCUCUUGACUUUGAGCUUCAUUCUAAAAAAAUAUUGUGGUGUUAGCAUGCUAACAUCUUAGCUAAAAUACCAAUGCUCAUUUUCUUAAUACUUAAAAAAUUUUGCUAUUUUUUGUUUAAUUUGGGCAUUAAACUUUUGUUUUCAAGUUCAGUCUUCACACCUCAGCAGCUAAAAUGUUCAUAAAGCUAAUAGUCCAUUAGUUUUAAACUAUAAGCUAACAUUAGCUAGCUUGUAGAUUCAGUCGGGAGCAGAUAUAAAAUUUCACUCAGUAUUCUUUAUUCGGUGAAACGACUGUUUAAUUGCUCGUAAUGAAAUGUUUUUUAACAGCAAGAGAACAGGCUUGUGUGCUAAAUGCUAACAUGCUAGCUUUCUACGUGUUUAGUUUUGCUCUUUGUUUGUAAUUGAUGUGCACCAGUUKAAUUUAGAGCAGAACUGAACAACAAUCACUGUAACACACUGCCUUUGUAUUGUUUCACAGUAUUUUACAUGUUUUCAGCAGAAUAAUGUUUUUGUUGAAUUUGAUGAAAAAACAAACGCAGUGAGCUCUGUUAACAUGCAUUAGCACUUUGAACAGGAUUGAACAGGAAUUUGUGUCAUAGAUGGUAUUUUUCUCUCCAUGUUGCACACUUCAGUUUUUUCUCUACUUCUAACAAAAAAUUAUUUUUUUUCUGAAAAAGGUGCAGCAGUUUCUUUUCAUCAUGUAGAUAUUCACCUUUUUGUUCUUGAGCUUCACUAAAUAAAAAGCUGCGUUGAAGUUUGA